ACCGUGAAACAUAUUUUAAAAAUGAGUUAAUAAAAAGACUAGCCAAAAGGUUUCAAAUUAAUCAUUUACUAUCUACGCCAUAUCACCCUCAAAUGAAUGGGCUAGUUGAGCGAUUCAAUCGAACUCUAUGUGAAUCGUUAACAAAACUCAAUGCUAAAGGAGAAGAAUGGGAUACGUUAAUACCUGCAGUUUUGUUUGCUUAUAGAACUGCUAAACAA